CUAAAAUGUAUCAAAAGAGAUUCUUCUUCUCCCCUUUUCCAACUUAUUAAGUUUAUUCCGUUCGUCCAAGAAGCACUAACUUCCUUUUCCGUUCUUCUAUUUUAUUCUCUGGAGCAGUAUGACGAAGGGAACAUCCAGUUUUGGUAAGCGGCGCAACAAGACCCACACACUGUGUAGGCGUUGUGGCAGAUCUUCCUAUCACAUCCAGAAGUCGAAGUGUGCACAGUGUGGCUAUCCCAGCUGCAAAUUGAGGCACUAUAACUGGAGUGUGAAGGCUCAGCGCAGGAAGACCACUGGCACCGGCCGUAUGCGUCACCUGAAGAUUGUACGCAGGAGGUUUAGGAAUGGAUUCCGUGAAGGAGGAAAGCCUGCUCCCCGCAAGACUGGUUCGCCAUAAAUGAAGAAAUCAAGAGUAAUUAAAUGGAUAUUUUGUUUUGUUCGUACUUUGUUUUUACAGAAUAAACUGUCUUUUUAAUUA